AUGUCCUUCAAAAGUUUCACAUUUGGAACCGGCUUGGCUGGUACGAGCUUUGCAGGAGACUCAGGUAAUAAUAACAACCAGAAUAAUGUCCAGUUGCAGUUAGGACCUGAUGGUUUGGGACUUGGUUUCGGCACAAUCACUGUAAUUGAUGAUGUUUUAACGGCUCAACCAGAGCUGGGGUCACAAAUAGUUGGGAAAGCUAAAGGAGUGUACGUGGCGAGUUCGGCAGAUGGGAGUAGACAAAUGAUGACAUUUACCGCCUUGUUCGAAGGAGGAGAGUAUGGAGACAGCCUUAACUUCUGCGGCCUGUACAAGAUAGGGAGCGCCGUGUCGCAGUUAUCAGUGAUCGGGGGCAUAGGGAAGUUCAAGAACACAAACGGUUUUGCAGAACUCAAAGCUCUUGUCCCCCCAGGACAGGUUUCCACUGAUGGAGCAGAGACAUUGCUAAGGAUCACUGUCUAUUUGAACUACUAA